GUGUCGCAUUUCAUGGGAAGCUCUGAAAUGCAUACAACUGAAUAUAGUCUUUGAACGCACCACGCUAUCGUUGUCACUACUGAAAAUAGUCUUUGAACGCACCAUGUUAUCGUCGUCACCUUCGCCGUGUGCAAGAUGCCACCACAUUGCACAAAACGUUUCGAAUUCAAACUGCGAGAAUUUUGAGGUCCUUCGCGAUUCUUAAAUAGUCAUCGAACAUGAAACGGCGUUGGAGCGCGCGUAAAUGAAGUCUGAGGAAGGUUCGUUAGACGCACGACGCGGAAGUGGAGCUUCGAUCCCAGCUGAUCCGAAUAUGGCACCCAAAGAUCCACUUCUCAGCGCCCUCAAAGUGUGCUUGUUGAACCUGCAAUCUGAUGAUGGGCAGACGGUGACGGACAGCAGCCCUCACCUCACCUCUUGCUGCCAGCUUCUUGAGCUGGUCCUCAGGAAAGGACUCCAACAGCCAGUCCUCAAUCUGGUUCAUAGAGACUACUGGCAAUGUUUUGAACAGCUUCCCCGCAAAGAUACAUGUGGCAGGCUGUGUACUGUGGCGUGGGCUGUGGAACAGACUAAAACUUGCAGGAAGCUUAUCUCAGCUCAGGGCCGAGGCCGUUACCUGCUCAGAUUGGCUCUCAGCCGCAAGACCCUGCCACAGUUCGUCACUCACGUCCUACACACCCCCAGAGUCUUGGAGUGGUACAGCGAAACCUUCUCGAUCCUCAGGAAUGAAGAAUUUUUAGAACCUUUCAUGUCCCUGCUCUUGGUUCUCUCGCAAAUGGAGUUCAAACUGGACAUGGAGAAUUGUAGUUUCUUGGAUGAAAGCUGGCUUUUACCGGUGUGCGAGAUAUAUGAAGUGGUACCGUGUCGACAGGUGGGAAUGGUCUUGAGCUACCUCAAUGGGCGCGUCUUCCUCCUGGACAUGGUAUCUGGCGGCCAGGCGCAUGUUGACCAGUUUAUCAGCCGCGGUGACGUCAUUGACGAGAUCAAUGGCAUCUGUCUGAGGAAUUCCAGAAACGGACAGGCAGGUGUGGUGCUGUCACGGCUGAAAGGCUGCUUCCUGUCCAUCCGUGUUGUGCGUUGGCGAGCCCGGGACGGAACGGUGUAUCGUCCUCUGGUCAAACUGCUGCGCGCUUUGAGGAUAGAGAAUCCGUGGCUGCAACUUGGUCCCGCUCCCUGUCAACAGCCUGCUGCUAAUGACCAGAGAACACCACCUCCAACACAAUGUCUCGUGGAGGGAAGGAUUGCGUACAUUGUCCAGUUCUUGGGGGACAAAAACAUUGGAGUGUUUGGAACCAAAAAGGUGUUGCCGCAUGCAAUUUCACACGUGUUGCAGCAAAACCAGCCAAGCAAGGAAGUGCUUUUAGAUUUGCAGGAAACGCACGUCACGUGUACGGAGAGCAGCAGUAAUCUGAUGGUGUGUCAACAUCACUAUCCAGAUAUAUCGUGUGUUGGGAGGUACCCUCAGCCAGAUUACACGAUAUUGGGCUUCUGUGUCGUAAACAGACCAGCAGAAAUUCCAUCCAGGUCCCCGACCAACUUCAACUGUGUGGUGCUCAAAGCUGCCAGCAGUAAGGAAUGCGACGACAUCAUUUGCCGCAUAGCCACCGGUUUCAGACAUACAGAGUGGUUUGUAUGAUGUGUAAAUAAACAAGUCAAAACUCAAAAA